AUGGUUACAUUUACUCGUCAGAAGAAACUCCCACAACAUCCAUACCUUUCAGCAAAGAGGUAUAAAUCCAACUUUGUACCUCAUAAUGAACAAGUAACAUCAUCGUCAUACCAAAGCAAUCUUAUGUAG